GAUAAUGGCGUUGAGCCUGUAGCCAAAGAGGACGGCGAGGUUGGAACUGGAGAUUCCAUAGGUGAUACCUCAAUACCGUAAAUGGGCCAACUACGUGUUGUAGGAUUGUAAGUUCUAAGCCGAGAAAAUUCUUAACCUCGAGGCGCUAGCCAGUUUGGUCCAUAACCCAGCCGCCUAGCGCCACCAACUCGGCCUAUUUUUAGCCCAUUUUAGCCUUACUGGUAUGACUUGGUAUACCGGUAAUACCAUGGUAUUGAGAUUUCUUCAAACCAUACCAAGUCUUGGCGGUAUUUACCAUACCAAUACCAACUCAUACCAGACCAUUCCGAUCACUGAUUAUCUAUACCAUCAAGCCAUCGCCAUGGCAUCCGAAACUUCGUCCAUACCAAGGAUACCAUCUUCCGCCCCCAACUUCAUCGAUAUUGAGAGAUUUUUCACCAGAGAGAAGGCGAAGGCUCGCACUUUAUAUGUCUGCUUGUACUGUACGGCGAAGCCAUGGAAGGAUGGCUAUAAGGGCAAUGCGCGGCGCCAUCUGAGGAAUAAUCAUCCAUAUCUGAUGGGGCUCUCUAGCCGGCAGAAUCAAUCUCAGCAAUCGCUCGACGUAUAUAUCACAUAAUCGACUACACCAUCCGAAGCGGCAUUGCGGAAUGCCUUCAAUCGACAGGCUUACAUCGAAGCUCUUAUCAGCCUUCCCACACGUCGCAGAGUGGUCUUUUCGAUGGUUGGAUGGGAUGAGCUAAAGGACCUAGAACUAGCAUGUAAUCCUGCCAUCGAGGAUAGUCUGAUUACCUCCCGACGUACAGUUAUGCGCUACAUCGCAGGUAGCUAUGAGUUCUACGCUGCUCAGUUGGUCGAGUCCCUUCAAUCUGCCAUUUCGAUAAAGACUUCUUCGUCGAGGUCCCCU